AUAAUGAAUGCAUUUUUGCCUUGAGGCCAGAUUGUUCUCGACUCGCCUUCAUUCCAACUUAUCACUGUACAACUAAAUCUUUUGCUUCAGUUUGUACAUAGAUGAUUUACUUUCUCUUCUUCAUUUCCUGUUAACUUAUCCCUUCGCCACAUGUGCGCAACACCACCGUCAUGCGAUUUCAAAGCGCUUCCCAGUUCUUCCUGACCUUCUACCUUCUCCUCCGACCACACUGCGCUCGAGCAGAACCUCAGUGCGCAAUAGACCCGAAUUCGAUCGUUACAGACGCUUGCACUUCCUAUUCAGACCUAGAAAGGCUCAACGCCCAGUUAUACCCCUCGCUCGAAGACCUGACCCAAAAGACCGACUUCUUUGCCUACUAUAGACUUAAUUUGUACAACAAAGUCUGUCCCUUCUGGAGCGAUGAAAAUUCCAUGUGUGGAAACCGUGCAUGCGCGGUCGACACAAUCGAAGACGAGAGUGACAUCCCUCUGAUAUGGCGGGCGGAAGAACUCAGCAAACUCGAGGGCGCCAGGGCAAAGCACCCCGGACGGGCCCAACAAAGGGAGAGACCAAAGGACAGACCUCUGCAAUACCAACUGGGAGAGAACGUGGACGAAAGUUGUGUCCUGGAAGAUGAUGACGAAUGUGAUGACAGAGAUUACUGUGUACCUGAAGAUGAGGGCACAACCUCACGGGGCGACUAUGUCAGUCUCGUCAACAACACAGAAAGAUAUACAGGCUACUCCGGCAUGGGAGCCCGCCAGGUCUGGGACGCAAUUUACAAGGAGAAUUGCUUUUCGGCAAAGCCACUCCGCGAUAUUUCCUCUAACUCGAAACCUCUCAAAGCUGCCCAGAAUUUGAAGAAUGUUUUUCAAGAGUAUGGACGACAACACGUGGACGAUGGUGAUGACCUUUACCCACUGGAUGAUGAAUGUCUCGAACAACGAGCCUUUUACCGCAUAGUGAGCGGCAUGCACGCUUCAAUAUCCACCCAUUUAUGCUGGGAGUUCUUCAACCAGUCCACCGGUCAAUGGGGCCACAAUGUGGAGUGCUACAAGGAAAGACUACACAAGUAUCCUGAGCGCAUUUCGAAUGUGUAUUUCAACUAUGCCAUCUUGACAAGAGCAUUAGCAAAAGCUAGGAAGCAUCUCGAAUCGUAUACGUUUUGCUCAGGAGAUCCCGAGAUUGAUCUGGAAACGAAACAGAAAGUGCUGGCCCUGGCUGGCCAGGCCGCAGCUGGCCCGCAUACCUUUGAUGAAUCUGUCAUGUUUCAAGAUCCUGCCGUCAUCGAUCUCAAGGAGGACUUUAGGAACAAAUUCCGCAAUGUGUCCAGACUAAUGGACUGCGUGGGAUGCGACAAGUGCCGUCUUUGGGGAAAGGUGCAAACUGCAGGCUACGGUGCCGCCCUAAAGAUCCUGUUCGAGUAUGACGAAAACAAGAAUGGUGAAAAUCCGCAUCUUCGACGAACCGAGCUGGUGGCUCUGGUCAAUACGCUGGGAAGGGUCAGCCACAGUCUCGAUGCCAUUCAGAAGUUCCGAAUGGCUGUCAACACCGGCGACUACAGUGUACUCAAUACCCAGGGCCCGUUGCCAGUCUCCUCUAAAGAAGAAGAUAGGAAGCCUGGUGGAAAUGUAAGACCAGACUUUGAUGACUUUGGCGAUCUCGACGAUGAUCCCUACAGCCCCGAACCCGCAUCUAGACCAGGCGAGUCACUUUCCGAAGCCUUCUGGACUGAGCUUGAUCUCGUUUGGCGUGCAUAUAAGAUGGUACUGAAAAGUUGGGUUGACAUGCCGUUCAAGAUGGGCGCCAUUUUUGUCAUGGAGAUGAACAGACUGUGGAAUUAUUGGCUUGGAUUGCCAGUGCCACCUCGGUCAUGGGAGAUUCAUUUUCCUACCAGAGACGAAUUGUAGCAUUAUUUUCGAUUUCUUCGCUCCGAGAUAUUGAACGAGACGAGUUUCGGCGGGUUGUUUGGUGAAAUUAUGUAUACCAUGGCAUAGCGUUGGCGUAGGGACCUUGUAUGAGUGUGUGUUUUGUUAGUCCCAUUGGGUGAGGCCUUGUCUCUUUGAGAAUUCGAUAUUUCUUAGAGAUCCAAGUCAAUUAUCUGGUGAUUGCCGUAUGGUAUGCAAGUAAUAAUCGACUCCUCUGAGACUGUGGUGGUUUCGUAUUCAGGGCAUAAAUAGUGGUGGCCUCGUCGUUGCCCCUCGCAACCACUUUUUGGUCACUUUUGG